ACACGCAUCAGGCUCCGUGCGUCUCUGCAGGUUGCGAGCUCUUGGAAAACUCUCCAGAAACGCAUAGGGUUGAUUAAAAACAGAUCCGUGUUAUAAAUGCGUCUCUUUUAAAGAGAGCUAGUUUGAUUUGUGGCCGAAAUGAGGUAACAAAAUAACCAACGCCGACUAUAAAAUUUCCAAUCAGUGCAUUACCUAUUUGCAUUGGCUCGUUUAUCUUUCUGAACGCUUAGAAAAGAAAAGUUAUGGUUUCGUUAUUGGAUUUAAGCGGGUUCGUCCUGUUGCUCGUAUGGGGAUAUUGCGUGCUGGCUGACACGGUUUUUACAAACUUUACUCUGGACAACGAGGUGCACUCGAGUUUCAUUCACCGGCGCUUAAAGAGCCAGGAGCGCCGGGAGAUGCAGCGGGAGAUCUUGUCAAUCCUCGGGUUACCGCACCGGCCGCGGCCGCACCUCCACGGCAAGCACAACGCCGCGCCGAUGUUCAUGCUGGAUCUGUACAAUGCCAUGUCCACUGAGGGAGACGAGGAGGGCUUUUCGUACCCCUACAAGCCCGUGUUCACCACUCAGGGACCGCCGAUCGCCACCCUGCAGGACAGCAACUUCCUAAACGACGCGGACAUGGUUAUGAGUUUUGUAAAUCUAGUCGAACACGAUAAGGAGUUUUUACCAGUGCGCCGACAUCACAGAGAAUUCCGAUUUGACACCUCUAAGAUUCCGGAGGGCGAAUCUGUGACGGCGGCAGAGUUCCGGAUCUACAAGGACUUCAUUUCAGAACGUUUCGACAAUGAGACUUUCCGCAUCAGUAUCUACCAGGUGCUAGAAGAACAUUCAGACAGAGACUCGGAUCUGUUCUUGCUGGACUCACGGGUGAUCUGGGCAGCAGAAGAGGGUUGGCUGGUGUUCGACAUUACAGCCACCAGUAACCACUGGGUUCUGAAUCCAGGCAGGAAUCUGGGCCUUCAGCUAGCUCUAGAAAGUUUGGAUGGUCAAAAUGUGAAUCCAUGGGUGGCUGGGCUGGUGGGUCGAAACGGCCCCCAGAGCAAACAACCCUUCAUGGUGGCCUUCUUCAAAGCUACAGAGGUCCACAUCCGCAGCAUCCGCUCUGCGCAGGGUGGCAACAAGCAACGCAACCCCAACCGCUCCAAAAAUGCCAAAAGCCAGGAGGCACUGCGUGUAGCCAACAUUGCAGAGAACAGCAGUGCUGAUCAGAAGCAAGCUUGUAAGAAACACGAGUUGUACGUUAGCUUUCGGGACCUUGGAUGGCAGGACUGGAUUAUAGCUCCUGAAGGUUAUGCUGCAUAUUACUGUAUGGGUGAAUGUGCCUUUCCGCUCAAUUCUUACAUGAAUGCCACAAAUCACGCUAUUGUACAGACGCUGGUUCACUUCAUCAAUCCAGAGACAGUUCCAAAACCUUGUUGUGCCCCCACACAACUCCACGCCAUCUCCGUCCUGUAUUUUGAUGACAGCUCCAAUGUCAUCCUGAAGAAAUAUCGCAAUAUGGUGGUCAGAGCGUGCGGCUGCCACUGAAGUCCUUUCAUACAAACACACAAAAACAUAUUCUCCCUCACAAACACAUUCAGUAAAACACACAUCUGACUGCUCUUCAUUUACAAACAGCUGGACUAAAAAAUCCCUGCUUUAGGUCUCAGGCAACGGGCCAAUUCCUGGACUGUUUUAGCAUUGGCUCUCUGGAAUUUGCAAAUAAAUAAUUUGAUUAUGAAAAGUAUGGAUUAAUAUGACAGACACAAUACUUAUAAUAAAACAUGCAAUAAAUAUAUCGUUAAAUAUAACCAAAAUUCUAAUAUUGUCAAUUAAUAAUUAUGAAUAAAUCAAAUUUGGCAUCAAUUUUAUGUAAUUGUCUGUUAUAUGCAUCCAUAGCUAAAUAAAAAUAAUAGUCUUUUACACACACAAGACAAUGCAUACACAAACACAAACAAAUGUAUGCACACAUAAACAUGCUCACGUGUACACACUUUUAUAUGAUUCUUGUGCUUCCUACUGUGUAAAUAGUUUUUCAAUGAAAGAAAUGAAAAAUGUAUUUAUUUUCCUGGGCCCCAAACAUGGAGUCAAAAAAUAAAAAAAUCUUGUGUU